CCCGACCCGCGCACUGAGACGCCGAGGGUGGGGCGCUCCAAGCCAGGAGCGCCGUCCGACCCGUGGGCCUUGAACUACGAUAGCCGCCGCACUUCCUGUGCCUGGGCACCCAGCCUGGUACCGCCUUUGGCCUAGUGUUCUCUGCCUGCCUUGCUCGUGGAGCCCUGUGGGAUCAUCUUCAACACAGUUCCUGGAUGAGCCGAGGCCUCCCUUCAUACCGAGGCCCAACCCUUGCCCACUUGUCCUGAGCAGGCCCACCCUUAGUAGGGAGUGAUGGAAAGGUCCCUGGAGGAUGGGGAUGAGUCCCCAGACUCCCAGGGCCACGCCACCGACUGGAGGUUUGCUGUGUGCAGUUUCAGGGAUGCCUGGGAGGAGGAGGAUCCUGCUUCCCAGAAGCAGAUUAAGGACCCUAGUCCUCCACGACCACCAGCAGGGGCAGCCCACGGCAAAGGGCUUCAGGGCAGCCCCUUGUCCAGGGAUCUUCAAUUACCUUCAGAACUACAGGCUACAGAUGGGUCGGGGGAUGGCCAGAAGAGCACACUACGAGGCUCCUUAGUCCAUUCAGAGGAGUCUGCUCCCUCUGUAGUGGAGAGCCUCUUGUGCCCCAUGUCCUCGCACCUCAGCCUGGCACAGGGUGAGAGUGACAGCCCAAGGAGAGGUUUGAUAGGGGACCCAGGUGCAGGAGGGGCAUUGCCUGCUGUCUUAGGCCCUGGGGGGUUGGACAGCAACCCUGUGGAUCUUGGAGACCCUUUAUCAAAGACAUCAUCAAAACCAUUGGAGGCAGACUCUAGCAGAUCCUGCCUUCUCAAGUCUGCUGACUGCCUUCUGGCCCAAAACCUCACCUGGGAUCUGCUGGCCAGUGGCAUGGCUGCCUUACCAGGAACUCGAGAUGUAGACGGCCGAGCUGUGCUGCUGUUGUGUGCCCACAGCCCAGCCUGGCUUCACCCCAAGUGCAGCAGCCAUGAACUCAUCUGUCUCCUGCUCUACUUGCGAGGCAUCCCCAGACCUGAAGUCCAGGCCCUGGGUCUUACCAUACUAGUUGAUGCCCGGAUUUGUUCCCCAAGCUCUUCCCUCUUGUGGGGACUCAGCCAACUACAAGAAGUAGCCCCAGGGUCAGUGCACCAGGUGCUGUUAAUGGGAAAAAUGCCUGAGGAGGUGCCUUCAGGGCUGCAGCUAGAGCAGUUGCACUCUCAUCAGAGCCUGUUGACCCACAUCCCUACUGCAGGGUUGCCUACUUCACUAGGAGGAUGCCUGCCUUACUGCCACCAGACCUGGCUGGAUUUCCGGAUGCGUCUAGAAGCCCUUCUGCAGAGCUGCCAGGUGGUUUGUGCCCUGCUCCAGGGGGCCAUCAAGAAUGUAAAGGCUGUGCCUCAGCCUAUGGAGUUUGGGGAAGUUGGUCGGCUGUUACAGCAGGCACAGGUCCUGAUGCAGCAGGUACUGGACUCACCACAGCUGGCAUGGCUCCAAUGCCAAGGGGGCUUAGAACUAGCAUGGCUGAAGCAGGAGGUCCGAGAGGUGACCCUGAGCCCAGACUACAGGCCAGCGGUGGACAAGGCUGAUGAACUAUAUGGCCGUGUAGAUGGACUGCUGCACCAGCUGACCCUACAGAGCAACCAGCGUAUGCAGGCACUAGAGCUGCUCCAAACUCUGGAGACGCAGGAGGGCAGACUGCACCAGAUUGAAGUAUGGCUACAGCAGGUGGGCUGGCCAGCACUGGUGGAACCAGGGGAGCCCUCACUGGACAUGCUGCUUCAGGCUCAAGGACCUUUCCGGGAGCUGGACCAGGUUGCCCAGGAGCAGGUCAGGAGGGGGGAGAAGUUUCUACAGCCACUGGCUGGCUGGGAGGCAGCUGAACUGGGUCCCCCUGGGGUGCGCUUUCUGGCCCUGAGAGCCCAGCUGAUAGAAUUCUCUAGGGCUUUGACCCAGCGGCGCCAGAGGCUGGCAGAUGCUGAGAGACUAUUUCAGUUCUUCAAGCAGGCCUCAACGUGGGCUGAGGAGGGGCAGCGAGUAUUGGCAGAGCUGGAGCAGGAGCGCCCAGAGGUUGUGCUACAGCGGCUGCAGCUACACUGGACCAGGCACCCUGACUUGCCUCCUGCGCACUUCCGAAAAAUGUGGGCUCUGGCCACAGGGCUAGGCUCAGAGGGCAUCCGCCAGGAAUGCCGCUGGGCCUGGGCACGGUGCCAGGACACCUGGCUGGCUCUGGACCAGAAGUUAGAGGCUGCACUGAAGCCGCCACUGACGGGCAGCACAGCUAGCCUGCGUGUCAGCACAGCUAGCAUGCAUGUCAGCCGGGUCCCUGCUGUACCUGCCACUCCUCCUCUGAGGAAGGCCUACAGCUUUGAUCAGAAUCUGGGGCAGAGUGUCAGUGAGCCUUCCCACCAUUUCCACCGUGCUGCCAUUGUGUCUGCCUGCCACAAACCAGUGGCUGGAGGAGGUACCCGGCCUAGGUCAUCCUCUACUUUGCCUCUACCAGGCAGCUGUGACCUCAGGAGCCCCAAUAGGCUACAGUUGGUGCUGGCAGAGAUGGUGGCCACUGAGCGAGAGUAUGUCCGGGCCCUCGACUACACCAUGGAGAACUAUUUCCCUGAGCUGGAUCGCCCUGAUGUGCCACAAGGCCUCCGUGGCCAGCGAGCUCACCUCUUUGGCAACCUGGAGAAGUUGCGGGACUUCCAUUGCCAUUUCUUCCUGCGUGAACUGGAGGCUUGCACCCGGCACCCACCCCGAGUGGCCUAUGCCUUCUUGCGCCAUAGGGUGCAGUUUGGGAUGUAUGCACUCUACAGCAAGAAUAAACCUCGCUCUGAUGCCCUGAUGACCAGCUAUGGUCACGCCUUCUUCAAGGACAAGCAGCAAGCACUGGGUGACCAGCUGGAUUUGGCCUCCUACCUGCUAAAACCCAUCCAGCGCAUGAGCAAAUACGCACUGCUACUGCAGGAGCUGGCACGGGCCUGUGGGGGACCUGUGCAAGAGCUCAAUGCCCUGCAGGAGGCCCAGAGCCUUGUACACUUCCAGCUGCGACAUGGCAACGACCUGCUAGCCAUGGAUGCCAUCCAGGGCUGUGAUGUUAACCUCAAGGAACAGGGGCAGCUGGUGCGACAGGAUGAGUUCACAGUGCGCACUGGGCGUCACAAGUCCCUUCGUCGUGUUUUCCUCUUUGAGGAAUUGCUGCUCUUCAGCAAGCCUCGCCGUGGGCCUGCGGGUGUCAAUACAUUUACCUAUAAGCGUUCCUUCAAGAUGGCAGAUCUUGGCCUCACUGAGUGCUGUGGGGAUAGCAAACUGCGCUUUGAGAUCUGGUUCCGCCGUCGCAAGGCCAGGGACACCUUUGUGCUGCAGGCCUCUAGCUUGGCCACCAAGCAGGCCUGGACAGCUGAUAUCUCCUGCCUACUCUGGAGACAGGCUGUCCAUAACAAGGAGAUGCGCAUGGCUGAGAUGGUGUCCAUGGGUGUAGGGAGCAAGGCCUUCCAGGACAUCGCACCCAGUGAGGAAGCUAUCAACGACCGCAACAUCAACUGUGUCCUAAAGUGCCGAGAAGUUCGCUCUCGGGCCUCCAUUGCUGUGGCCCCAUUUGACUAUGACAGCCCCUACCUGGGGUCCUCAAGCUCCCUUUCUGGAGACCCUGCCUCUUGCUCUGUUCUGGAGUCCCUCAACUUGCACCUAUACAGAGACCCAGCUCUUCUGGGUGUCCGCUGGCCCUUGUAUCCUCCCAACUUCCCAGAGGAAGCAGCACUGGAAGCUGACACAGAACUGGGCAGCCAGCCUUCUUUGACUCCUGAGGACUCUGAAGUCUCAUCCCAGUGCCCAUCAGCCAGUGGCUCCAGUGGCUCUGACAGCAGCUGUGUGUCAGGGCAGGUCUUGGGCAGGGUCCUCGAGGACUUGUCGUAUGUCUGAGCUCAGGCUCCAUGGUGAGCAGCGGAUCUAGAAGCCACUAUCUCCAAGGAACAUCACUUCUGUGGAUCUGCUGGUGCCUGUUCCACCUCAUGCAGUGCUGUUGACUACCCUUUCUGUUAUCUGUGGCCACUGACUAGCCUGGAGCCUCUCCAGGGGAGUCUGGCUGCAGAGCCUGGGAAAGAACCUUGAUCCUAGGUUCCUGGCCCCAUGUCUCCUAUCCUUACUCCAACUGUAAGUUCAGAAUAGGCUAGGGCAAGUGCCUAGAGGCUAGUGGGAUAUCAUGUGAUUCUGGAUAGUGACUGAGUUGCACCCAGCCCUUGGGAGGAACACAGGUGAGUUCCUAGCAGCUGCUCACCAAGAUUUGGCUUUAAUGAUGAGCUCCCCAAACACAGGAGCCAACCAACCCCUGUUGGGCCCUUACCCUUGCCUGUCCUGGCUCCCCAGGCCAGUUUGGUUAUUUUGACUUGAUGCCUUUUGAACAGCUUUCAGUUAAGAGUUGUAUGUUAUUAUCUCACUGUUCCUUAGUCCUUUGGUAUCUCAGAGAAGGAGUCUAGACCUUUGACUUAUGAUCUACUGUUUUAUUUGUUUAUAAUUAAAGAAUAGACUGAUUUGGAUGGGCACAUGCAUUCUGGGGAUUUAAAAGAGCCUUGGUCGGUGGGGGCCUGCAGCGUCUUUGGGCACCCUAGCCCUCUUGUAAGUACUUGCUCAAGACAGAGUAAGAGACAGAUCUAGACAGGCCUCUCUGGAUGAGCAGGUCCACGCAGCGGCCAUAUUUUCUGGCAAAAGGCAGUGUGAGCUGCAAGAAAAGGCCGCCUUACUCAUGAUUUUCUGGCCAUUUGUCUACUCAUAGCUCCAUUGUAGGUGGAGUUCUCCCAUCAGGAUGGAGACAGGGACAGGUUAAGCUUCUUAUUGGGGAACUUUGAUGCAAUAGGGCUUAGUUCUGCCCAAAAGCAUCUCACAGGGCUGUGGCUAGGAGUGACUACCAGGGAACUGAGAAAAAUAACCAGAUGGUCAAAGGUGUGUUUCCUGCUUCUGAUCUUCUACUUUCUUACCAUACAAUAGACAAGCCAGAUUUUUAAUUAAGUACUAGUGUGUUAAUGGUGAAUUGCAUUAUAAUAAUGCACUUGAUUACAGAAAUGCCAGAUUAAUGAGAAAUUAGCUAAAUCUUUCCCACCUACAAUGUAGAAAUUUUAAGGGAUCAGAAAAAACUCUGAUCAUUCCUUUGUCCUUAUUGAACAUUUAUUUAUAUGUAAAGAAUGCUUUAAAGCUUAAAUAUGAAAAAAUGGUAAUAUUGUGGCUAAAAGGUAAAGUUAGAAAGGCCUGAGUCCUGUGUGUACAAACUUGGGUUUAUGGGACAAGUGUGGCUGGGGUUGUUAGUGAU